AUCUGAUCCUCCUCCAGCUCCGACCGGGCGGCUCCGCAUUUCCAGGGUCCAGUCCUCCACCCCAACGCAACACAGACGGGCAUCUCUCCUCCGUCAUUGUCCACUCCGCAUCUCCCUUCCCUGCCUGCCGGCUGCGCACUGCCGCCUCCUCGCUACUGGCUGCUGUUGCCUCUCUCUCUCUCUCGAUGCUCCGGCCACCACGCCAUGGCCGACUCUGGCGUGCAGUCCUCCGCCCCGGACGUCAAGGAUGAAGAACGCCUUGCCUCUUGCUUCAACUGCAAGCGCUCCAAGCUCAAGUGUGUCCGCCCCAACGGCAGCGGCACCUGCACGCGCUGCCACCAGCGCGGCGUCCACUGCACCGCCCCCGCCUACCAUGUCGGCCGCCACAAGGGCGUCAAGAACAAGCACACCGGCCUCGAGAAGGCCGUCCUGCAGAUAGAGCAGGCCCUCAAGCGCGCCGCCCGCGGCGGCGAGCAGAUCCAGGACCCCGAGCAGGCCAACGAGCUGCGGUACCUGCUCGACAAGAGCCGCGACUUCCUCCAUGCCGACGGGACCACCGCUGCUGCUCGCCAGUCCCCAAAGUCGUACGAUGCGCUCGCCGCUUCGCAGAGGACAUCGUCCACGCCCAGGACUGUCUCUUCUGACGAGGUCUCGCCUGCGCAGGCCAGCGUCCAUAGCGACGUCAAGGAGCAGAGUGUUGACGAGGAGCAGCUGAACCUCGACGAUGCGGAAAACCCUCUCCAGCUCCUGGCUCGGACCUCGGAGCUGCUCUCGACGAUCGCGCCGCGCUUACCUGGCUCUGCGCUCAGCUCUCUCCACACGCGCUUUGCGGGGCGAUCCGCUGGGGACGGCCAUCUCCAGACAUUCUUUGGUGGCUUCAAUGGGCGUCUGGAUGUUGGGGAUGACCUGGACCCUAUCGAGCUUGGCCUCGUGACGUUGGCUGAGGCCGAAGCCUUGUUUUCCUACUUCUUCGACAAGCUUGCCCACACACGCUGGGGAAUUGAUCCGGUAAUACACACAGUCGACUUUGUCAGGCGGCGAUCUGCCUAUCUCCUUACGUCCAUAGCUGCAGCUUCAGCCAUGUUUCUCCCGUCGAUGGAGGCGCUCUACAAGCGACUAUCAAACCACCGGCGGCAUCUUGCCGGACUCAUCAUGUCCCGGCGCUUCAAGUCUGUAGAAAUCAUCCUGGCCUUCAUGGUGAACGUCCCUUGGCUCUCUGCCGGCGAGCACUGGGCGGACGACGAGACGUCGACGUACAUGUCCAUGGCGCUCACAAUCGCCCUGGAUCUCUCCAUCAACAAGAUCAUCCUCCCCGUGACGGCAGAGCCGAACUCGCCGCGGGGCACAGUCGCCUCCUCGGAGUGCAUAUCGGCCAAGCGGGCGCUUGCCGUAGAUGGUUUCGCCCAUGUAGAUCCAAACUCGCUGAUGGGCCAGAGGUUACUACGUCGGCGAGAGAGAGUCUGGCUCUCCCUCUUUGUCCUGGAGCGAGGGGUCUGCCUUGCACGAGGUCGGCAAUAUGUCCUGCCAAUGUCGCCGCUUAUCGAGUCCUGUGAUCAGUGGCACCUGUCCGACCUCGCGGACCGGUGGGACGGCUCCAUCGUGUCCGUUGCUGUCUUGAGACGAGACUUGGCAAAUCUCAUCGCCAAGGUUCGAGGUAUUUGCGACAGCUAUGCGGAAGGGACCAUCCCGGAAUCGUCAAUAGUGGAUAAAUUGAAAUCCGAGAUCACCCAGUUCUUCGACAGGUGGUAUCACACCUGGCCCCUCCAAAUCGGCGAUCGAGAGCAACUGGCACUGCCGCCGUACGUCGAGAUCCUCGCAUCCCACACCCGGCUGUCCAUGUACAGCAGCGUCAUCAACCACACCAGCGCCCCGGCGUGCGCGCGGCACUACUUCCGCGCCGCGGGCCUCUCCUCGGCCCUGAACGUGCUGCGCGUCGCGGUCCAGGGCGAAGGCCAACUCCGCUCCAUGCCCAACAACACGGCCAUCAUGAUCUCCUUUGCCGCCUGCUUUGCGCUGCGCGUCAGCACGGUCGCCGACGGCCAGCAAGGAGGAGCAGCGGGGGCAGGGGGGGGAGGCGCCAGCGCGCUGGCGCCCAGUAUCCGGACCCUGAUCCUCGAGACGGUCGAGGUGCUCGACAGGAUAGGAUCAACCCCGGUACAGCGCAAGGGCUUGUCGUGCCUGUUUGCAGGACAGCUGAGGCAGAUCCUGAAGCUGGCGGCCUCCGGGUCGGCGUCGUCGUCGUCGUCAUUGGCACCGACGAAUGCGAAGCGGUUGCCAGCGCCGCCGUCCGUGAUGAGCGAUGGUCAACACCACCACCAGCAGCGCCGGCAGACCAUUGAUGCCGCUGCUGCUGCCAGUCAUGGCGGCGGUAGCAACGGCAGCCUUGAGUACGCCGGUCGUGCUGCUGACAACUCUGGCGGUUCGUUUGCGGACUACAACAAUAACAAUGGCAACGGCAAUACCGGGUCGAGAUCAAUGAGCAUGUCAAACGGGUCGUCGUCAGCUCAGAGGCACCAAUACUCAACAACAAACCAGCAGCAGCAACAACGACAACAACAGCAACUAUCGCCGCACCAACAACAUGCGAGCCACAUCCAACAACACCACCACCAGCAGCAAAUAGGACACCUCGACCACAACUCCUCCACCACCAAUAACAACAAUAAUAAAACCAACGGCCCCAUCACGCCUACAGCAGGGGGAGGAGGCAUGCUCCCCCCACCACAACCCUCUUCCUCCUCGACCUCCUCUCAACAUCAUCAUCAACACCUGCAACACCCGCAAAACCAGCAGCACCAGCACCAGCAUCAGCAGUCAGACUACAUGCUCUUCUCGACCAUGUCCACCCUGGACCAGCUCGACGACGCCAUCAUCAACAACGUCGACAUCUCGGGCGCGCUGCUCGGCGUCGGCGCCGACGGCAGCGCCUGGGACGACCUGCAGUUCCACGGGAGCGGGACGGACCUCGACUGGAUGGACUGGUCGACUUUUGCGCCUGCGUAAGAAAAAACCCGCGAAAGGGGGGGAAGGAAAGGAAAGGAAAGGAAAGG